CUCAACUUCAUUCCAUCCACAACACCCAUUCUCCUAAACAACCUUAAAGUCAUCGAUAUCCAAACACACACUCAUCAUGAACAAACUUCUUUCCUCUUUUCUUGCAUUAUGUUUUCUUAUUAUCUUCCAGGAAACCGGCCACACUAAAGUGGCUGGUCGGAAUCUGAAAGAUGAAAUACUGUUGCUCAAUCAACAGAUUGAGCAGCCGUAUCGAACUGGUUACCAUUUUCAACCUCCAAGCAAUUGGAUGAACGAUCCUAAUGGGCCUAUGUUAUACAAAGGAGUGUACCAUUUCUUCUACCAAUACAAUCCGUAUGCAGCUACAUUUGGUGACAUCAUCAUUUGGGCUCAUGCCGUAUCCUACGAUUUAGUCAACUGGAUCCAUCUCGACCCGGCAAUUUACCCGACCCAAGAAGCCGACAUCAAGAGUUGCUGGUCGGGAUCUGCCACCAUCUUACCAGGAAAUAUUCCGGCCAUGUUAUACACCGGCAGCGAUUCAAAGUCCCGUCAAGUCCAAGACCUCGCAUGGCCCAAAAACCUCUCCGAUCCUUUCCUCCGUGAAUGGGUGAAACACCCAAAAAACCCACUCAUAACCCCACCGGAGGGCGUCAAAGACGACUGUUUCCGUGACCCUAGCACCGCCUGGCUCGGCGACGACGGCGUAUGGCGGAUAGUCGUCGGUGGUGAUCGUGACAACAACGGUAUGGCGUUUCUGUACCAGAGUACUGAUUUUGUAAACUGGAAAAGAUACGAACAGCCUCUUUCCUCGGCGGUUGCCACCGGAACUUGGGAGUGCCCGGACUUUUAUCCGGUGCCUUUGAACAGCACUAAUGGGCUUGAUACAUCGGUGAAUACUGGUAGUUUCAAGCAUGUAAUGAAAGCAGGAUUUGAAGGACAUGAUUGGUAUACAAUUGGGACUUACAGUUCUGAUCAUGAGAACUUUUUACCACAAAAUGGGUUGAGUUUAACUGGAAGUACUUUGGAUCUGAGGUACGAUUAUGGCCAAUUUUAUGCUUCCAAGUCGUUCUUCGAUGAUGCCAAGAAGAGAAGGGUUUUAUGGGCUUGGGUUCCUGAAACUGAUUCUCAAGAAGAUGAUAUCGAAAAAGGAUGGGCUGGUCUUCAGUCAUUUCCAAGGGCGCUUUGGAUUGAUAGAAGUGGAAAGCAACUGAUUCAAUGGCCGGUGGAGGAGAUCGAAGCACUUCGUCAGAACGAAGUUAAACUUGAAGACACGAACCUUAAACCGGGUUCGGUUCUUGAAAUACAUGGCAUUACUGCUGCUCAGGCUGAUGUCACAAUUUCAUUUAAAUUGGAGAACUUGAAAGAGGCAGAGGUUUUGGAUACGAGUUCGGUCGAUCCACAAGCACUUUGUACCGAAAGAGGUGCCUCAAGCGAAGGUGCGUUUGGGCCUUUUGGCUUGUUGGCUAUGGCGUCUAAAGAUUUGGAAGAACAGAGUGCGAUCUUUUUUAGGGUUUUUCAAAACCAGAACGGACGAUACUCUGUGCUCAUGUGUAGCGAUCUUAGCAGGUCUACUGUUAGGAGUAACAUCGACACGACAAGUUAUGGUGCAUUUGUGGACAUAGAUCCUAGGUCCGAGGAGAUCUCUUUGAGAAACUUGAUAGAUCACUCAAUUAUUGAAAGCUUCGGAGCUGGUGGGAAGACAUGUAUCACUAGCCGGAUUUACCCAAAAUUUGUCAAAAAUGAAGAUGCCCACCUUUUCGCUUUUAAUAAUGGUACUCAAAGUGUCAAAAUAUCCCAAAUGAGUGCUUGGAGUAUGAAGAAUGCUGAAUUUGUUGUGGAUCAGACUGUAAAAAGCACAAUGUAAAAAAUACUGAAGGACACCGAAUAUAUUUAAAAGAGGUAGAUUAUUCUUGUUAAUUACUAAAUAAAGGAAGCAUUGGAGGCCGGAAGAGUAGGUUUGUUAGCUCUUUCGUAGAGGUCAUUCUUUCUUGCUUUAUUCCUUGUGUAAAUUUUUCGAGGUUGUACCAUUUUUUAGGCAUUUAUAAUUUAUUAAGAUGUAAGAGUUUGUGCAAAGCACAUGAUAUCAUUGUAACAAAUUAUUGUUUCAUUAAUACAAUUACAAUAUUUGAGUAA